AUGUUAUCUAAGGAAGAGAAAUCGAUUAUCAAGCAAUGGUUGUGUCAGUUCCAACUAUCAAAUCCCAUUCGAAAAGUGAGCCGAGAUUUGUCUGACGGUGUAUUGGUAGCGGAACUUCUGCACCAGUUGUUUCCUCGAAUGGUGGAUUUACACAACUAUACCAAAGGAUUCGCCGUCGCUCGUAAACUGGAUAACUGGGAGACCCUCAAUAGAAAGGUAUUGAUGAAGCUAGGCAUUUUCCUAACUCCAGAUAUUAUACAUUCCGUUGCCAGUGGAAAUCAGGAUACGGUGUUCGAUGUAUUGUUGGAAAUCAUGAUCAAGGCGGAGCAACAUGACAUCCAAUGCUUGUGAACACUGUUUGUUUUUG